AUGGACCACGGGAGGAGCCACAGUCAUCAUCAUAGAGAUAACUUCUUUGACGGUCUCCAAGUCGUGUUCGGGACGAUGCUUGUGUGGAGUGAGCUGAUUACACCCCACGCCAUCAGAGUGCAGACCCCACCCAGGCACAUCCCAGGAGUCGUGGAAGUCACCCUCUCCUACAAGUCCAAGCAGUUCUGCAAAGGAGCUCCUGGACGAUUUGUCUACACUGCUUUGAACGAGCCAACCAUCGACUACGGCUUCCAGAGGCUACAGAAGGUCAUUCCCAGACAUCCAGGAGAUCCAGAGAGGCUACCGAAGGAGGUGUUGCUGAAGAGAGCAGCUGACCUUGUGGAGGCUCUGUAUGGGAUGCCCCACAACAACCAGGAGAUCAUCCUGAAGCGAGCGGCCGACAUCGCCGAGGCCCUGUACAGCGUCCCGCGCAACCACAACCAGAUCCCCUCACUGGGCAACACGGCGUCGCACGGCGGCAUGAUGGGGGUCAACUCGUUCGGCAGCCAGCUCGCCGUCAACGUCUCAGAAACAUCACAGGGUAAUGACCAGGUAGGAUACAGCCGUCAAACCAGCAGUGUGUCCCCUCGAGGCUACGUCCCCAGCAGCACACCACAACAGGCCAACUACAACACCGUUAGCAACAGCAUGAACGGCUACGGCAACCCCAUGUCCAAUCUGGGAGUACCCAGUUCACCAGGCUUCCUCAACGGCUCCUCUGCCAACUCCCCCUACGGCAGUAAGUAUCAAGUGAAACAAAAGAGCGCCUUUGCCCCUGUUGUAAGGCCCCAAGCUUCUCCACCACCUUCUUGCACCAGUGCAAAUGGCAAUGGACUUCAAGGGAUGUCCGGACUCGUUGUCCCACCCAUGUAAAACGAACACUCUUCUCCCCCCCCCCCCCCCCCCCCCCCCCCAGAGCACCAGUCGUCACAAAAGGGGCUGCAGGGGGACUUGUUUAGUACCCUUUAGAAGAUUCUGGUUGAAUCUGUGUCAUCAAUCAUGAAUAAAAUCAACAACAUUUUCUGUUUAUUCAGAGGAGAGAAAAAAAGGACUUGUUUCAAAAGAGUUUAUUCAAACAAUUAUGAAUUGUGACAUGCAAGCCACUCUGUCAUUUAACAAUUUAAUUUUAUUGACUGAUUUCUUGUCAUAUUUUACCAUUUCUCAGUCUUGAAGAAAGGAAGGAAGGAAAAAUUGCUAUUUUGUAUAAAAAAGUGUCUGGUUUGAUCUUGGCUUCGUCUAGUUGUUGCUAUGUGUUGGGAGAAUCUUUGAGGAUGAUCAGUUUGAUGAACAACGCUGACGACAAAACCUCAGAACAUGUUUGUCUUCGCACGAUGCACAACAGUUGAGCGUCUCUAUAAAUGUGAAUUCCUUAUUUCUUUCUCUUUUUUUAAUUUGUGGUAAAGAGAAAAGGGGGGCCAAGACAGUGUGAAAACAUUUUACAACUGGAAAUAAUAUGAAAUAUAUGAUUUAAAAUUAAAAUAAAAAAAAUAAAUAAAAAAAACAUUAACAAGGAAGAGGUAAAUACAAAAUAAUUUGAUUGGUCGACUUACUUUAUCAACAAAAAACAUAUUACUUUCUAACUUAUUGUAGGUAGGAAUUGUAAGUCAAUUAUUAUUAUAUAUAUUUUUUUUGGGCCUUCAUAAAGCACACUAACAGAGAUGAAAGGCGUCUGUCUGUCUGUUGGUAAAAAUGAACUACUUCCACUUCUGCAGCUUACAGUUUAAGCAAAUGUGUUUUUCACCUCUUUUUGCCAGCACUGUAUAAUAUUGCAUUCUUAGGCUACUGUGAAGUCUAUGUCUCUCGUAUCAGAAGGUUGUCCAUUCACUUCUGUCUCCUUAUCCCCUAAUGUGUUUUUUGUAUGUGGUUAUACAAUUGUAGACUUUUGUGAUUUUGCCAAAGUUGUAGCUAAAUAUUUAUACACUUGUCUUGAAUUUUUUUUUUUUUUUUUUUUUUCAGAUCCACUUAAAAUAUUUAGGACAAGAGUUUUUAAAUUCCUUAUAGAAACAGUGAGGGGUAAAUCAUCGUACACAUUGCAACACUUUCACAUAAACACUUGCGGGUUACUAAGGGAAUUUUUUUUGUAACAUAUCAAUUAUAAAUAUUGUAUUUAUCUUCGAAUUUUUUUUUUGUAAAAUUGCUUUCGAUCAUUUAAUUUGAUCUUGUACGUAUUGUUUGUCAUGGCCAGAUAUUGUGAUAUAAUACAGAACAUUAAGCCAAUAACUAUUGCUUACAUUCAAUUAUUAUUUUUUGUUGUAUCGAUAGAUCGCAAUGUCUAAACGUUUCAUUUGUAUCUCAAAUUGACAUUUUACUUUGUCAAAAAUAAUUCAUUUUGUUGGUCAUUGUUUUUUUUUUCUUUUGAGGAAAAAAAAAACUGUCAAAGUUCAUUGUUUAUUUUUGUAUUAAUAUAAGUUAUAUAAAACAAAAUAGUUUUUUUUGUUUUUGGAAUAAAACUGUUUGUUGUAUAGUCAAAUGACUUGUUUGUGACACAUGGCUGUAUCAAUAAUAGUAGACUGUGUGCAUGUCCAGCCGCCCCCCUCCCUCCCCCAGAGGUAUGAUUCAAUUCGUGGUCGUACAUUUUGGUUUUUCGUAGAAUGUAAAAAGUCAUUUUUACCUGCUACCCCAUAUCACUUAGCAGAACUGUCUUAAAAACAGGGAUUUAAAAUUUAAAAAAAAACACACAUGAAAAACAAUCUAAUCUGGAUUAGAAAAUACAUAUUAAGAAUCACUGAUGUUUAUUACAAUCUGUCAGGAGAAGCUCUUUGGAAGGCCCGAGAGUGAUCUGCUGGUUGAAUGACAUCAAUCUGUACCUACACCACAAUGUCAAUCCUUGCUCCAUGAACAUGAUCUAUGGUGUAAAAAAAAAAAAAAAGCACAAACAUUGUUUACUGAAAAUAAUAAAAAAUAAUUAUGG